UUUUCCCUAUGGCAUUGAGUUAGAUAUUCCCUGUUAUGUACUUGAAGUUUGCAGUAUAAGAUGAGGGAAAGUGUGAUGUGCUUAAUUUCAUUCCCACAUGUCUUCCUUCACAGGCUGUUGAUAUGUCACAAAUGGAAUUUAAAGAAGAGCAGUACACAUGGUACCAGCUGUCACCAAGACAUCUUGAGCACAGAGUUUGCCUCCCAACUGCCAUCACACUUCAUAAACUGGUUCCAAAGCUACAUUCUACUUCUGUACCACAAGUACCAUCAGUUCAUAUGUAUAAACACCUGAGUCAAGAUGACAUAGAGAAAGCACAAGCAAAGGCAAGAAAUUUCCUGGUUCAAGAUAGACUUUCCAAAAUUUCCCAGUUUUCAAGAAAAGUUGACAAUGAAGACAUUAAAGAAUAUAAGAGAAAUCCCACACCCAAGAAAACAAGUCCAAUGAAAUUAAUAAAGCCUGAUAAAGAAGGUGUUCAACUAAGAAGUGGUAAAGAAAGAAAGUUCACCAGACUUGAAGCAAAUGAACAACCUCAGGCAAAGAGACCAACGUUGCCAGUAUACAAGGGGAUUGGUGAAUCUGGCCUUCGAACACGCCAAAUCUCAAGAUUAGCACCACAGAUCAUAACAACUCUGAUAGAUCUAGAGAGCUUUCCAAUAGAGCCUGCUUUAAAGGAUUUCGUUACUCCUCAUGAAACUGAAAUAAAAAAGAAGAGAUGGGAAGAUUUUCUGCACUCAGCUGGCAGGACACUGUUGUCACUAAAGAGAGAGAUUUUCCAGUUAGAAAGAUCUGAUAGUCAUGGAGAGAGGAACAAUAGCAAGUAUUUGAGAAUUAUUGCUACAUCUACUCGUACUCUUCACAAGCUUUUGCUCGUAAGUUUACAGCAUAUAUAUUGGAUGUUGUCAUCACUUAUCUUCAUGUGUCUCAAAUAAAACAACACAUCAGAUCAAUCUUUCAAAGGAAAUGUUUUAUAUAAAGGCAUGUAAAAUAUUAACCCAAGGCCACAGGGCUAGUAUGUAUGUAUAUAUCAUCACCACUG